UGGCCGCCGGAUGUGUGUCAUGGAGGAGCCGGUGAGGAAACGGGGCCGGAGGGCCCGAGGCGGCGGUGUCGGUCGAGGGGCUCGGGGGGGCCGAGGCGGCCGGGGCCGGCAUUCUCGCGCCCAGCGGUCUCCAGCUCGGCGCUCCCUGGAUUCGGUACUUGUGGACUUGGUCAGCGAGAGUGAUGAGGAUAUUUUGGAGGUCCCAACGGCGCUCGGCGUUGCGGACCCGGUGGACGUCCCGCUCCCGGUGGAGGUCGGGCUCCCGGAGCAGGUCCCGCUUCCGGAGCCCGCCGUGCCGGCCGCGCCCCGGGACGACAGCGACAGUAACAGCGAAGGGGAAGAUGCACGGCCGGCUGGAGCUCCUCCGAUCCUGGUCAGGCCGCGGCGACGGCGGCUGCUGCUGGAUCCGGGAGAGGCACCUGUGGUUCCGGUGUACUCCGGGAAGGUGAAAAGCAGCCUCCACCUCAUUCCGGAUCACCUGCCCCUCCUGAAACUCUGUGCCCUAGAGGCCGAGGAAGAAGGGGAUAUGGCAGAUUCUAGCAGUUCCCAUGCCGAGGAUAUCCCAUUUCCAGAUUCUCCCUGGAAGAAGAAGCUGAGGAGUAAGGAAGAAGAAGAAGAAAAAAAGGAGGAGUCUUUGUCUCAGGACAUCUCCCCUUUGCCCUCACCUCUGCCAAGGACCAAAAGCAGAAAGCAUACUCGGGCACUGCAGAAGUUAAGGGAGGUGAACAAGCGCCUCCAGGAUCUCCGUUCCUGCCUGAGUCCCAAGCAGCGCCAGGGCCAGGACCCCCUGAGCCAAGAUGACGAGGUGGUCCUCGUGGAGGGCCCCGUGCUCCCCGAGAGCCCCCGGCUCUUCCCGCUCAAAAUCCGGUGCCGUGCUGACCUGGUCCGAUUGCCCAUCAGGAUGUCGGAGCCCCUGCAGAGUGUGGUGGACCACAUGGCUGCGCAUCUCGGGGUGUCCCCAAGCAGGAUCCUGUUGCUCUUCGGGGAGACAGAGCUGUCUCCUACCGCCACCCCCAGGACCCUCAAGCUUGGAGUGGCUGACAUCCUUGACUGUGUGGUGCUAGCAAGUUCUCCAGAGGCCGUAGACACGUCCGAUCUGCUGCAGCUCCGGGUGCAGGGGAAGGAGAAACACCAGAUGCUGGAAGUCUCGCUGUCUCGAGAUUCUCCUCUCAAGACCCUCAUGUCCCGCUACGAGGAGGCCAUGGGACUCUCGGGCCACAAGCUCUCCUUCUUCUUUGACGGGACAAAGCUUUCAGGCAAGGAGCUGCCCGCUGACCUGGGCCUGGAGUCUGGGGACCUCAUUGAGGUCUGGGGUUGAAAACCGGCUCCCUGUUUGGGGCGCAGCCUGGACUUGGGAAGAACGGCUGCCCCCUUUUGGCCCCAUAAGGACCGGCUGAGCCUGAGGCAGAAUUUUCCUUAAGCAGAAGCAACAGAGGCAUGACACUGACCUCCUGUCCUGUUAACCCUGGUUUCAUGCUGUUAGUUACCUGGUUGGUUGUGUGGUCGUCAUUGCUGCCCUGGGCAGACUGAGUUUUCACGCGCCCCCUCCCGUCACGUCCACCAUCACCCUUUCCUUCACCAAAAUGUCUGUGUUAUGAAACUGCUCGUAUUUAAAGAGGGUGUUGAAAUAAAUUUGGGUUGAGUGCACUACAUCUA